UUAAAAUUUGUAGAAAAUGGCAACGAUGACUAGCAACUUUUCACCGGCCGGAAUGUAUUCGCCUUCUAUUCCAGACUGGCUGAAUGCAGAGCAUGAAACAGGGACAACAAUUAUGGCAGUUGAAUUUGAUGGAGGUGUAGUAAUUGGUGCAGAUUCAAGAACUACCACUGGAUCUUACAUUGCUAACAGAGUAACAGACAAACUGACAAAAGUAACAGAUAAAAUAUAUUGUUGUCGAUCUGGUUCUGCAGCUGAUACACAGGCAAUAGCAGAUAUAGUUAACUAUCAUCUUAACUUCUAUAAAAUGGAUUUUGGAGAAGAACCUGAGGUGAAAGUAGCAGCCAAUGUAUUUAGAGAGUUAUGUUAUCAAAACAGAGAUAGUGUGUCAGCAGGUAUACUGGUAGCUGGCUGGGAUAAAGUCAAUGGAGGACAGGUAUAUACUGUACCUCUAGGAGGAAUGUUGACUCGUAUGCCAUUUGCUACAGGAGGAUCUGGAAGUACAUAUGUGUAUGGUUACGUCGACACACAUUACAAAGAAAAUAUGUCGAAAGACGAAUGCUUACAAUUUAUCUCUAGAGGUGUUGCAUUAGCCAUGAGUAGAGAUGGAUCUAGUGGUGGAGUUAUACGUAUGGCGUGUAUUACCAAGGAAGGUGUGGAAAGAUUUGUACUAACAGGAAAGGACAUUCCUAAAGUCUUUGAUGCCUACUAAUGUUAUAAUUAUAAUGACAGUGUCAUGUUAGCUGUGUUUCAUGAUUUAAUAUUAAAUUUCAUCAUUUCUUUGUAA